AUGGACAGGACUAAUGCUGAAGCAUUAGCCCCAGAACGUCACGCAAAUAGUGCAGCGCAACCUCAUCCCCAACCUCAACGUGUUGCGCAGAGUCACAGAUUCGAUCAGGCCGGCCCCCAACUUCAAGAAUCCCAUUUUCAGUUCGGCCACAUGAGUGCUGCUUUGCCAGAAGCCGGCUCUGCCAAUUAUCAGGGCAACGCUGCACUUAGACAAUCUCAGGGGAAUAGUGGCGAAGGACUUCCGCUACGAAAUCAGGAAUAUGCACGUACAACUGUCUUUCCUACACCACCGGGUCCAGGAGUACCAGCACCUCAAUACCCUAGGCAGCCAUAUCAGCAGGGAUUCCACACAGCAGGGUUCCCCCCAAGUUAUACCGGCGCUCCAACCGCGUACAGUCAUUCUCAGAGCUUUGGACACCCUUACCCGCCACAGGUUUCACAGAUGCAGGGGCACCCGGCAGCUUACGACCAUGCUGGUACAGCAUAUUAUCCUAUACAGCAACAAUACCCCAGACAAAUAUAUGACAACACAAUUAGCGUCAUGUUCAGACAAGAACCGGAUUACCUUACAUCAACACAUACUCCAGGAGUACCUACCACACAUGUCAAUGUAGCUACCGGACUGUCUGGGUCAGCAUUACCACAAGGUGAUCCAACGUCCAUGAGCAGGCCAAACUCUGUAUCCAGUGCUUAUUCGUCGACUCUGCGUGGACCACCUCGGAAGCCGAGGCAGUCGGGGUACGCACUGUGGUGUGGUAACCUUCCGGCCCAGACAGAUAUCGUUAGCCUCAAAGAUCAUUUCUCUCGUGACGCUAAGAAUGAUAUCCAAAGCGUAUUCUUGAUCUCGAAAAGCAAUUGUGCAUUCAUUAAUUACAAGACCGAAGAAGCUUGCACAGCAGCACUAGCGCGCUUCCAUGAUUCUCGAUUUCAAGGGGCCAAGCUUGUCUGCAGGCUUCGAAAACCGUCUGCAGCACCCCCAGCUGGGACACCCACAGGGCCGCGGAUCAGCCCAGAUCUAAGCACACUCGAUCAACCUGCACGGUCUGCUGAUACCCGUCCUCCUGGAGAGACUGCCGCAGAAGAUGUUGAAAGGAUUCAACCCAUUGCCAGAAAAACGGGAGAAAAGUUUUUCGUUCUGAAGAGCUUGACCGUUGAAGAUCUGGAUGCUAGCGUGUGUAAUGGAUCAUGGGCCACCCAGACCCAAAAUGAAGCCGCUCUAAAUGCAGCGUAUAACUCAGCCAAGAAUGUAUAUCUCGUGUUUUCAGCGAACAAGUCUGGUGAAUACUAUGGCUACGCAAGAAUGAUGUCUGGGAUAGAUGAUUCUGUCGAUGCUGACGAAAGGCCGCGUCCUCAACCCAGUCCUUCCUCUGCAGCUCCGGUAGACAGUUCUGUCACUAUCCCUAUACCUGCCACGGAACAUGCACCCAAAGGCUACAUUAUCGAUGAUUCUGCAAGAGGGACCAUCUUCUGGGAAGCAGAAUCCGACGAAACCGCCGAGACAACAAAAGAUCUGGAAGACGAAGGAGCCAUGACCGAGACAACGGACUCAGAGGCUGAGCCACAACAACAAAGCUUAGGACAUCCUUUCAAGGUCCAAUGGCUCUCCACCGAUAAGGUCCCUUUCCAUCGUGCACGCGGCCUUCGGAACCCAUGGAACCUGAACCGCGAGGUAAAGAUUGCACGGGAUGCGACGCCGAUAGAGCCAUUGACUGGCAGAAAGCUAGUCAACCUGUUUAGCACGCCUCAGGUGGCACCGCCUUCAGCUGGACCACCGCAGAUGGUGUACACGGCGCAGAAUCAGCCGUUGCCUUUGGCUUCUUAUCCCCUAGAUCCAAGGUUUACACGGCAUUAUUGA